AUGUCAGAAGGGAAUCUGAGCUUUGUGAAAGAGUUUGUCAUCGUUGGUUUCCCUGGACUUCAGCCAGAGGUUUAUGGCUUUGUCUCCACUGUAUUUUUCCUGGUUUAUUUUGUCACUUUGAUAGGAAAUGCUGUUGUUCUUAUCUUGUUGGCAACUCAAAAUGUUCUCCAUAAACCUAUGUAUUUCAUAUAUUUGAAUCUGGUUGUGUGUGACCUAAUCUUUAGCAACACCACUUUACCUAAGAUUAUUGCCAAGUACUGGUUUCAGGCAGGUGUAAUUUCAUUCUUUAGUUGUUUUUUGCAAAUGUACCUAGUGCACUAUUGUGGAACUGUAACUAGUUUUAUCCUCUUAAUAAUGGCUUUAGACAGAUAUGUUGCAAUCUGUUACCCACUCAAAUACCCAAUGAUUAUGAAGAACUCUACAGUUUACAUACUAAAUGUCACUGCAUGGGUGCUUGCACAGCCUUUUUGUCUUUCUAUUGUUAUUAGAGCCUAUCUUCUUCCUUACUGUGCCAAAAACACUAUUCUUCAUUGUUACUGUGAUCACUUUGCUGUGACAACACUUGCAUGCACUAACUGGGGCCUUUUUUGCUUUCCAAUAUUUGUUGCGGCAAUGGUGGUUUUACUUGGACCUCUUGCCUUCAUAAUAUUCUCUUACUGUUCAAUUAUCAUUGCAGUGCUUAAGAUUGCGAGUACCCAAGGCCGAAUCAAAACCCUUUCUACCUGCAGUGGGCAGCUGAUCAUCAUUGCCCUCUAUUAUAUACCAAGAUGUCUUAUGUAUCUGUUUAGUAAUAUAGGCAUUACAUUGAGCCCUGAUGUACGUACUGGUAUUGUUAUGUUGUAUAGCCUUCUCCCUCCUAUGAUCAAUCCUCUAAUAUACUGUUUCAGAACAGAAGAAAUAAAACAUAUCUUGAUUAAAAAAAUAAAUCAGACAAACAGAAGAUCACAUCCAAUAAGAGAGUAUAGGACUAAUAUUUAA